AUGUUCCAAAAACUGGAGAAAUGGAAAAUGCGUACCCCCUUGGAUUCCCUCGUUACCGAACACGCUCUGCGCCUGGUCAACCAGUCCGGUAAUGCUCAAUUCACCGAUGCCAUCCUCGAUGGUCGCGUGGAGAUGGUGAGCGGUGAGUUGCCGUACAAAAACGUCUGCGCGAAGGUGCAUCCGUGGCUGUCGGACGAGAUCGACAAGGUUGUCGAUCUGCUUGGCAUCAGUAAGCGCCAAUUUCUUGAGGCGGCCUUCAUCGAAGCUGUGAACAAAGCGCACGCCAUCAUUGACGCUGAAGGCAACUGCUUCGAUACACCGGAAACGGUGGACCGCAAGACUGGUGAGGUUCGGCCUGCUGCAUCGCGCAUUCAGAUCCUCGCGGAGAACAUCCUGCAGAACGGUCAGCGACGUAUGGAGCUUGUCACUCUGAAGGUUAAGGACAGUCGGCCUUAUGCCGCGCUUGUCGGUAAGCCUGUGCGCGUCCCCGUAGGCGCGUUCGUUUCUGGCUCCGCGGUUCAGUUUUAUGCGCUCAAUGAGGCGGUGUCCGAGGACAAGCCACGUGCUGCUGCCUAG